AUGGUGAGGGCAGCAAGAAAUGUGAGUCUGAGGACAACCAUUGCCAUAUUAAGUUUCACAGAUUACCCAGAACUUCAGAUCCAUCUCUUCUUUGUGUUUCUGAUAAUAUAUGUUAUCACUGUGGUAGGAAACGUUGGAAUGAUAGUCCUCAUCAAGAUCGACCCCAAGUACCACACCCCCAUGUACUUCUUCCCCACUCAUCUUUCUUUUGUUGAUUUGUGUAACUCUUCCAUCAGCACUCCCAAGCUGCUUGAGAACCUGGUCAUGGCAGAUCAAAGCAUCUUCUACUUUAGCUGCAUUUUGCAGUAUUUACUCUCCUACACAGCUGUAGUGACCAAGCUAUUCCUGCUUGUAGUGAUGGCCUAUGACUGCCUGGUGGCCAUCUGUAAUUCUCUGCUUUACACAGUGGCCAUUCCACAGAGGCUCUGUGACCUGGUAGUGGCUGGGUCAUAUCUUUGGGGUAUGAGCAGCACCUUGGUACUCCUUUGCUACACUAUCCAUCUAAACUUUUCUGGAUAUCAUGUGAUCAACCACUUUUUCUGUGAGUCCACUGCUCUCAUCGCUGUGUCGAGCUCUGAUACUCACAUCCCCCACGUGUUCUUUUCUGGCUUUGCCACCUUCAAUGAGGUGAGUACACUGCUGGUCAUCCUCACAUCCUAUGUUUUCAUUCUUGUGACUGUACUAAAAAUCCAUUCUGCCAGCGGGCGUCACAAAGCCUUCUCCACCUGUGCCUCCCACCUGACUGUCAUCACCAUCUUCCAAGGGACCGUCCUUUCCCUUUACUUUGUGCCCAAGUUCCAAAACUCUCGACAAACAUUCAAAGUGGCCUCUGUAUAUCACACAGCCAUCAAUCCCAUGCUGAACCCUCUGAUCUACAGCCUAAUGAAUAAAUAG